AUGCGUUUACUCAACACAAAGACCUUGAAGUUCCAAGCGUUCGUCCAAAAGAUACCAGAAUAUGUGAUCCUAUCGCACACCUGGGGCGAUGAAGAAGUCACCUUCGGCGGCAUCGACAAGGCUUACGCCAAAGACAUGGCAGGUUGGACGAAGGAGAAGGGUCUCUGGGAGAUUGUGUGCGAGUACUCCGAGGACAACAUCCAGGAAUGA